ACAGUUGUUUCACCUGCCAUCACUGUGGAAGGAGUUUCGGUGAAAAACGAAAACUUCAAAUGCACAUGAGAGUUCACACUGGAGAGAGACCAUUUCCCUGCCAACAGUGUGGAAAGAGGUUCACUCAACAAGGAGCCCUUAACAGGCACAUGAGAACUCACACGGGAGAGAAGCCUUACACCUGCCAACAGUGUGGAAAUGGUUUCAAUCAAAAAGGACACCUUAAAAAUCACAUGAGAACUCAUUCGGGAGAGAAGCCUUUUAACUGCCAGCAGUGUGGAAAGAGUUUUGCGCAAAAAGUAAAAAUUCAAAGUCACAUGAGAACUCACACUGGAGAGAAGCCUUACACUUGCCAUCUGUGUGGAAAGAGUGUUACACAGAAAAGAAGCCUUCAAUAUCACAUGAACAUUCACACUGGAGAGAAACCUUAUACAUGUGAACAGUGUGGAAAGAGUUUCCCUGGAAAACAAAACCUUAAAAUCCACAUGAGACUUCACACUGGAGAGAAGCCUUACUCUUGCAAGUAUUGUGGGAAGAGUUUCACACAUUUAUGCUCACGUAAUUACCACAUGAGAGUUCACACUGGACCGAAGCUGUUCACAUGUGAUCGUUGUGGAAAGACCCUCACAACAGAAUUUAGCCUUAAGUGUCACAAGAUCAGGCACACCCACAAAGACACACCAAAUCCAUGGAAAGAAACCCUUCCAAUGUGGAUCAGUGUGGAAGGCGUUUUCAUACGUAAAGUAAGCCUUAAUUACCACAUGAAGACUCAUUCGGCAGAGAAAUGCUGUAAAUGUGCUCAGUGUGGAAAGAGUUACAGCAAUAAAAGUAGCCUCAAUGCUCACUCAGACUAUCUGCUCAGGAUCACCCCCAGCCUUGAGGCACACAACAUCCUGUACCAGCAGACUGAAACUGUAAAAGCGGAUUACAAAAACUACAACUACGAGUCUAAUACAACGAGUCUACAGCAGAUGACAGAACAGGCUACAAGGGAGGAAGGCUUCAACCCCAGAACCUACCCUCCACCCAAAGUCCGCAGUACGUUAGCCUACAACGAACACAGCACUGCCUCCAUAGAGACUGUUAAAACAUGGGCCAUCUCUGCACAGUACCAGAACUGA